AUGGCAUUCAGACUAUCUGCCGGUCUGGCAACCCUUUCCUACUUGGGGGCUAUCGCGGCUGCCAGUCCUUUGUCCCGUCGAGGAACGAUUGCUUCCGACGAAAUUGUCGGUUUCAACCAGACCGUUCCCUCAGGAAUUACAGGCGAGGUCUAUCUGGCUUAUCAGCCUUACCUGUAUGUGGUGAACGGCUGUGUCCCUUUCCCAGCCGUCGAUGCGGAAGGAGAUACAAACGCUGGCCUUGCGACCACGGGGGCUUCCAAUGGGGACUGCAGCAGCAGCACUGGACAGAUCUACGUCCGGGGAAACAGCUCCGGGGAUUAUUAUGCCCUGAUGUAUGCCUGGUACAUGCCAAAGGAUGAGCCAUCAGAUGGCCUUGGUCACCGACACGACUGGGAAGGAGCAAUUGUGUGGCUCUCCGAUUCUACUAGCACAACUGUGGACAACAUUGUCGCCGUCUGCCCUUCCGCCCACGGUAAUUGGGACUGCAGUACCGAUGGGUACUCAGUUGAUGGUACCGAGCCAUUGAUCAAAUAUGAAAGCAUCUGGCCCAUUGAUCAUAGCUGUGGUCUUACAACCACCGUGGGUGGUUUGCAGCCUUUAAUUGCUUGGGAGUCUCUUCCGACCGUCGCGCAAGAUGCUUUGGAUACGACUGACUUUGGAUCUGCCAUUGUUCCUUUCAUCGAUGCUCACUUCUCCACCAAUCUGGCCGAUGCCACAUUUUAA